UGCUCAAAACUUUCUCUAAGGAAUGCCAUCCCCUUCCUGCAGUAGACAUGGCGCUCCCAUCUGCGGUACUACAUAUAUCUAAUCAUAUCCUCAGCCAGUUAUCCAAAGCCGUUACCAGACCUUUGUUCGUAGCACUCCAAGGGCCUCAAGGCUCCGGGAAAUCAUUCCUCGCUAAUCUCGUCCGUUCUCAUCUCUCGGCACCUCCUCAUGCACUCAAUGUUGUCGUUCUUUCUAUCGAUGACCUGUAUCUGACGCAUGAAGAACUUGUGACACUUGCUCAACGAAAUCCGGAUAAUCCACUUUGGCGUGGACGAGGUCAACCAGGAACGCAUGACGUCGAGCUGGGUUCAAAGGUUCUGAGGUCAUUGAAAGAAGGGAAGAACGGUAUUGAGCUUCCGAGGUUUGACAAAAGUUUGUUUGAUGGAGAGGGUGAUCGUCUUCAUUUGGAUGGGACUGGCACCAUUGUAGACUCACCGGUGGAUGUGUUCAUCAUGGAAGGCUGGUUUAUGGGCUUUUACCCUGUAUCUUUACAAGAGCUUCAAACAAAAUGGGACGGAAUUUGGGCACAAGAACGACAAUUACUCGGUUUAAAUGAUGCUGUGGUCGGGACGAAAGAUGAUAUUGCUGAUGUGAAUGAGGCUUUGAAGGGAUAUAUGGAGAUAUGGGAGUUCUUUGAUACUAUCGUUAAGAUUGAGGCAGCUUCGUCUCCGAGUUCAGUUUCUUCACUCUCUAUGAUAUAUAAGUGGCGUUUGGAGCAGGAACACAACAUGAAAGCCCGUAACGGAGGGAAAGGAAUGACGGACGUGGCCGUAAAGCUUUUUGUGGACCGAUAUAUUCCUGGUUAUGUUUUUUUCGGGGAUGGGAUUUUCAGAGGUUAUGUCGGUUGCUCGGAGGCAGAAAACAAGGACAUGACCAGGAUCGCAGCGACCCCUCGAUGGCUUGGUAGGUCACUUCGAAUUGGUAUAAAUGAAAAGAGAGAGGUUGUUGCAGUUGAGGAAUUUUGAUUUCUUCGUUGUAUCAUAUUGUAUGUAAUUCACUUUGUAUUUUGCAGAGACGCGAUUAUUGUGAGCGCCUAUCAACUUGUUUUGACGCUUCA